AUGCCCGUCCCAGACGUCCGCUACAAGCCCAUCUUGGUGCCCUCAUUGCUAUCAGUGAGAGCCCGAGAUGAUGCAACGACGACCUUUCGCGAAGAUUAUCGCGCGGCAAGUGGGGAGUGGCACGUCACUACGUACUCAGCAUUCGAAGAGCUAGUCAACAGCUACGUGCGGGUCCUGAUCGAUGCAGGUCUACCCUUGCGCACAAGGAACACCACGCUAUGCGAGCGCGAUGGCAGUGUGUCUGUGCCUGUCGUAGCCACUCUGGCUGGAAGCACAGAGGCAGAGACGGCCGCUUACUUUGCCAUCAUCAAGAUGGGCUGCACUGUGAGCAAGCGAGUCGCACCGUCGAGAAAGUGCAGAGUCUGCAAAACGCUGACUUCGCUUGCUGUGGCGCAGGUGUUUCCUCUUUCGCCUCGUGCUCCUCCAGAUACUAUUGCAGCGCUACUGCAGAAGCAUAGAGGCGUGACACACUUGCUGUUUGCGCCGCCUUUCGCUUUGCUGGCAGGCAAAGUCUCCGAAGCGCUUCAAAGCAGCGUGGUUGCUGUCGCAGGCGAAUCGAUUAUAAACGUCAUGGCCUUACCUACUGCCGCAGCAACAGCCCAGUCGAGCGCGGAUGUCGAGCAUUUGCCUGCGUUUAUGUACGACCUCGAUGAGCUCCUCGAGCAGGAGUACGAUCGAACAAUUCUCCUAUUGCAUACCAGUGGAAGGUGAGUCAUCCAGAGUGAGAGGCUCGUCCAGGUGCUGGCUAAUACUCAAUCCUCAUCUCUUAUCCGUGACCAAAAGCUCGGGACUCCCGAAAGUUGCCAAAUAUACCCACCGUAGUUUCAUGGUUCAAGCAGGGUGGUACCGCGAUCCGGCUUAUGCCAGUACUCAAGCCGAUCUUGAGGGCUCGAGGUUCUUCUCCGGAACGCCACUCUUCCACGUGAGAGAACCACGCGCACAGAUACGCCAUGCUGGGCUAAGCUCAUUCAAGAUUUCUUGCGCAGGCUAUCGGCUGGAUUAUCGGACCGAUCCUCGGUAAGGCUUGAUGUGAUCUCAUCGGAAAGGCUUGUCUCUUAUUUCCUCUCACUGCCUGCCUUGUGCAUCGUUCUCAGCAUUGACCAUCGGUGCCAUUUCCCUGGCACCCGCUCCUGGACCUCCUCCACCAGUCUCUACCCUGACGCAUUUGCUCACAAGUGGCAGAGCGGAUCGUGCUCUGAUUGUCCCUUCUCAGCUGGACGAAAUGAGUAUUGAUGCUGCCGCUACUGCGGCCUUGGCUAAGUGCAAGGCAAUCUGGUAUGGCGGGGCGCCGCUUGGACCACAAAGUCAAGAAACGCUCGCCAAGAAUGGGGUCAAGCUGUGCAGCGCUUAUGGUCUGACAGAAACAGUGAGCUGAAGCGAGCAAAGUGGUGUCAAGGCGAUGCGACUAAUUCAGAACCAAAAUCUGAUCCCAACAGGGCGCCGUCGCGGGCGCCCACGAGCUAGCGCCGGAAUCGCAAAGAGAUGCCGGAGGCACGUGGAUCACCCUUCGUUCCGAGUUCGACUAUAUUUUCGAGCCUGCCCCACCGACGCAAGCUACACAAUCGAAAGAGCUAUUUGAGCUGGUUGUCAAGUCGACGGGUCGAGUUCCAUUGCCGUUCGAGACCUCGGCGGGUGUUUGCAACACGGGAGAUCUAUGUGAACGACAUCCCGACGCUCCAGAUUCUGUCAUCAGGCUAGACGGCAGGAUCGGUGAUUUGGUCAUCCUUUCAAAUGGCGAAAAUGUGCCGACCCUGCCUUUCGAGUCGGCGGCUUGCAAGCACCCAUCCGUACAUACCGCCGUCAUCUUUGGGCAUGGCAAACCGUCAGCUGGGCUGUUGAUUGAGACGACUGACGCCAGCAGAUGGAGCGAGGCGGACCUCGUAGAGCUGAUGAAGCUCGUAGACAGUGUCAAUCGCGAGCAGCCUGCUUUUGCAACGAUCUUUGUGAGCAUCUGUAAUUGUCGAUCCGAUCUGGAUCUGCUGAUUAAGAUACUGAAAGCAUGUAUUCUUUCAGCCGUCAAGAAUCCUGCUCGCGUCCCCUAGCAAACCACUACCAAAGACAGACAAGGGCACGGUGAAAAAGAAGCAAGCGUUGCAGCUGUACGCAGAUGAGGUGGCUCAAGUUUACGAAAGAGACACCGGACCUCUAGUCGGACCGGGAGAAAGCGACAUUACCUUGAAGACGAAGGGGGAUGUUGAGAAGUUUGUCAAGAAGACCUUGGUUGGAGUUCUCGGUGUCGACGUCGCCGAAUUGACCGAGUCUCGCGACCUCUUCGACCUUGGCUUGGACUCUCUGAGGUCAUCGCUAAUCCGUGGUGCAGUGCUUCGAGCCGUUCGCGACAAUGUCCAAGGUUUGGCGAAUGGUCGAUCCACCGGAAUCGAACAGCUAGAGCGGGCAAUCCCUGCUAGCUUCGCCUUUGACAAUGCUACUCCUCAAAAGCUUGUGGUAAGUUUUGAAGAGGGCUAUUUCUCGCAACCAUGCAAGCGCGAUGAUGACUAACCUUCGGACUCCCCGCGCUGCUUUCGAAAGCACGCCGUAGCUCGGCUGGUCGAAGGCGAUGUCGCAACCGUGACCACGUCGUCUUUGGAGCAAGCGCACGACACAUUGAGUCACUUCCGCAGAGACUUGGAGGCACGCUUGAAGCCCUUCACCGAGCUCAGUGAGAGAUCACAAAGCAAGUGUACAUCGAUGGCGGCACUGGUCACUGGCACGACUGGUGGUCUGGGCUGUAUACUUCUGGAGCAACUACUACAAGACAAGCAGUACGCGACGAUCAUCUGUGUCAACAGGGCUACGCAUGCCUCAAAUGCUGGUGGUCGCGAACGCCAAAGCGCAGCUUUCGAAGAACGCGCCAUGGAUCAGACGCUAGCGCAGUCAGACAAGCUCACCUUUGUGGAUGGCAACAUUUGGGAUCUGACCAUCCAACAAUUUCAGGAUGCUUUGCAAGGUCAUCGCCUGGGCUUGAUCGUUCACAACGCUUGGCCGGUGCGAUUUGAUUUGCCGCUUUCGAGCUUCGAGAAGAGUAUCGCGGGUCUUGUAAGCCUGCUUGAAUUGGCAGCUAUAGAGUCUGCCAAGUUGGUAUUUCUCUCAUCUGUAGCAGCGGUGAAAGGAACUCUCACCGGCAAUCCUGCAGAGACUGUCCGAAUCGAUGAGUCUACCCAGGUGCCCCUAGAAUGGGCACUGGGCGGCUACGGCGUGAGUCAACCCUCCUGCGACGUGCGGCGAUCGGGCUCUUUACUUAACGCCACGUCACUCUUUGAGCAGGAGAGCAAGCUCAUAGGAGAGAAGCUGGUCUGCCAAGCAGUCCGAACCGUUCCUGGUCUCCACGCAGUGUCGGUCAGGUGCGGCCAAUUGAUGGGUGACUACCGGACUGGAGUCUGGAACGCCGACGAAUGGUGGCCGUCGAUUGUCCGCUCGGCCACGCCCGAGGCAUUGGGUAGUCUGCCGUCGGGUCCUGAGCUGGGUGAUGUGGACUGGAUUUCGAGUGAGUUGAGAGUCUUCUUGCGCUCAAGUUCUUCUCUAAGCUAAAGCGCCCAUUGCUUGGAUCAAAGUGAACGAUACCGCAGUCGGAAUCUUGAGCUACGCCAGCGCGCCCAGUGCGCAUGGCUUCACUUCUGCUAACUCCACCAACGUGGUGCAUCUGAUCAAUCCGAAGUCAGCUCCGGCAAGUCUCAUCGAAAAAUCUUUCGCGCCGACGCUUCCGGCCGCCAAAGUGCUGCCCUAUCGAGAGUGGCUGAAGGGUCUUCAAGCACUUCGUCCCAGCGCUUCGCUGAAGCAGGAUGAGCUCAUCUCUAAAUUGAGCGACAUACCUGCCCUCAAGCUCAGCGAUACUUACGAGGCGAUGGCGAAUGCAGACCGCCACGCAACGCUGAAAGUAGGCGAAAUGGAAGUGAGUCAUGCACGGUCGUGCGGCGCCGUCUGGCGUAUUACUGAUCCGAGCGCUUCAUUCGAAUCGAAUCGCAGCCUUUCUUGGCCAAUGCAGUUGUGCUGGACAAAGCCCUGGCAACGCGAUUCGUUGCAAGAUGGCUCCACUGA